AUGUCUGUUAAAAUAUUCUACGACGUACUGUCGCACCCUGCGAGGUCGGUGUUGAUGUUUGUGAGAGCAAACAAGAUCCCAUACACUCCAUGUCCAAUAGCCAUACGAAAAAGUGAGCACCAAUCCAAGGAGUAUGCAGCCGUCAGUCCAAUGAUGAAGAUUCCGGCUAUGCAAGACGGAGAGUUCAAACUCACAGAGAGGUAUGGAUCAACAACACUGCCAGGUGCCGGAGACACAUGUGCACCCAAAAUUUUAGUGAUCUUCCCCCGGAUGACGGGCACCCCACCAGACCCUGCGGCCCUUGCACCAGACAUCCAGAGAAUGGAAGAAACCUUAGACAACUUAGAAAAGCACUUCCUCCAGGAAAAACCUUUCCUGUGUGGGUAUGAUAUCAGCAUCGCAGACCUGUUUGGCGUCAAUGAGUUUGUGGCAGCCUUUGAUCUGGUUAUACAGGUGGAACCCUGCGGCUAUGGCACGCUAGACAGAAGACCAAAGCUGAAGGCGUGGAUAGGGAGAGUGAGAGAGCACGUACAACCAGAGAUCUUUGACGAUGUCUCGCAACUCAUGUACAGACUCGCCAAAGCAAAACAAAAGCUGUAA